CAGGUGGUGUUGCCCGGCGUGUCCAACACGCAAGUGGAGCUCAGACUACUGAAGCCGGAGCCGGGCAAGGCCGUGGGCUUCGAGCUCCUGCGCGUGCGGGACGUGAGUUCCAACGGCACCGGCAUACAGGAAUCUGGAUCGACCUCAAGUAAGCCGACCAAGUUGAAGAAGGACGUGGAUGUCCAGAUUGCUCAGGGCUCAUGCAUCGUCUUCCCCUUGCGGACCAAGGUGAAGACUGAAGAUGGUCAAGCCAGGAUCACCAUCAGGGCCUUGAGCGGGAAGGCGGCGCCGCCGCCCGAUCCUCCCGUGGACGUCGUCACGAAGUCGCCCGAGCCACCGGUUCCGGUGGAGAAACUGGCGCCGGUCGAGAGGGAGGAGGAGACGCCACUGCCGGGGGCCGAUGAGCUGCUGAAGUUGGACGAGAUGAAAUUGGACAAUGGCGACAAGGAGGCCGAAACACCACAGGUUCCCUAUGCACCGAACGAGGACGCUCCGAAACUCCAAGAGGGUGGCAAGGCCGAGAGACGGCUCAGGCGAAGAUGACAGCAUUCAUGUGGCCAAGAAGCAAGCAGCUGCAGAUCUGGCCAGCAAAAUGCAGGAGAAACAGAAGAAAAAAGAAGCAGACGAGAAAGAGGCUGAGUCCAAAGUAACGAAAUCUGAGGAGAAGGACAAAUCAGAUGAUUCUGAUGACAGCGCGGAAAAGACAAAGAAAGCGCAGAAAGAGCCUGAGAAGAAGGCGGGCUCAUCGGAGAGUGAAGAGGAAAAGAAGGAGAAAUCCGUCCCCAAGAAGAAGGCAGGCAGCUCCUCCGAAAGUGAAGACAAGAAAAAGGUCAAGAAGAAGCCCGACAAGGACAAGGGUGACUCCGACAGCGAGGACCGCAAAAAGAAGAAGAAGAACCGUUCAGCCUCCGGCUCUCGCAAGCGCAGCAAGAGCCGGAAGCGCAGCCGCAAGCGCAGCGGCAGCA